GAACUGAACGAUUUGUUCGCAUGGAUCGAUUCUUCUGACUCUGGUUACAUAAAGCUGGAUGAUCUGGUUGCUGGACUGUUGCAGGAUCUGCCAACGACUAGCUCCAGGGACGCCUUAACGAAACCGAAUUUGAGUCCCGUUCCCCGGAAGCUGCAACCCAAUGCAGACCAAAGUCGCGUCUCGCCGGCAACCGCCUCACUAAUGAUGCAGCUUGCCUCGGGUCCCGGGACCGCAUUUCGCACGGAUGACAAUGGGUAA